CAGAAAGCUCCAGCACUGCCAGGCUGCUGUCAUACUCCACUCUCUCCAGCACUGCGCGCGGAUGACCCUCUCCACAGCAGCACCCAGAAGAAGCACUGACCUCCGCAGCGUCUCGCGCCAAGCGCAUUAUGCAUCUCCUCAGCUCUCCUCCUAACAUCUCCAGGCAGUAGAUCGCCCCUCGACCCCCUCCAGCAGACGCGACCAUGGCCGAAGAGGACAGCGCGAACUUCAGCGUGCUGAGCUGGGAGCAGGUCCAGCGGCUGGACCUCAUCCUGACCGAGAGCAUCCCGAUCCACGGCCGAGGAAACUUCCCCACGCUGCAGAUGAAGCCGCGGCGGAUCGUGACGGCGGUGCGGAGCCGCAUGCGGGAGCAGCGCAUCCAUGUGCGGGAUGUGCGUCUGAACGGAUCCGCCGCCAGCCACGUCCUGCACGAGGACAGCGGACUCGGCUACAAGGACCUGGACCUCAUCUUCUGCGUGGACCUGAAGGGAGAGACGGAGUUCCAGAUCGUCAAGAACAUAGUGCUGGACUGCCUGCUGGACUUCUUACCUGAUGGGGUCAAUAAAGAGAAAAUCACUCCGCUGACCCUGAAGGAAGCAUACGUGCAGAAGAUGGUGAAAGUGUGCAAUGAUUCGGACCGCUGGAGUCUCAUCUCUCUCUCCAACAACCGGGGCAAAAACGUGGAGCUCAAGUUCGUGGACUCCCUGCGCCGGCAGUUCGAGUUCAGCGUCGACUCUUUCCAGAUCAAGCUGGACUCUCUGCUGCUCUUCUACGAGUGCUCGGAGAACCCCAUGGCCAAGACGUUUCACCCCACCAUCAUCGGCGAGAGCGUGUACGGAGACUUCGCCACGGCGCUGGACCACUUGCGCAACAAGGUGAUCUGCACGAGGAACCCCGAGGAGAUCCGAGGAGGCGGCCUGCUGAAGUACUGCCAUCUACUGGUCAGGGGUUUCCGAGCCGCCUCCGAGUCCGAGAUGAAGUCUCUCCAGCGCUACAUGUGCUCCCGCUUCUUCAUCGACUUCUCGGACAUCAGCGAACAGCAGCGCAAGCUGGAGUCUUACCUCCAGAACCACUUUGUGGGCUUGGAGGACCGCAAGUACGAUUACCUUACCACGCUGCACGGGGUGGUGAACGAGAGCACGGUGUGUCUGAUGGGACACGAGCGGCGGCAGACCCUUGGGCUGAUCGCUAUGCUAGCGGUGCGCGUUUUGGCCGAGCAGAACGUCAUACCCAACGUGGCGAACGUCACUUGCUAUUACCAGCCGGCCCCUUACGUAGCAGACGGUAACUUUAGCAAUUAUUACAUUGCCCAAGUCCAGCCGGUCUUCACCUGCCAUCAGCAAGCCUACUCCACGUGGCUGCCGUGCAACUGAACACCCAAAAAUGAGAUGAAUCAUUGCGUCUUUGUAUCCGUUUCGCAAUCCCCCCCGAGCGUUACCGUCCACUUCCCCAAUGUGCAUCGAUGCUUGAGUGAAAUGAAUGGGGUUUGUCUGUUAUCUCGAAUGGGUUUGGAAGGCAACUUCUGCUAAGCCUUGCCUAAUUCUCAGCCGACCGUGAAGUUUUAAGUUCUCGAGUGCGUUUCUGACUGGUUGAGUCCCGGUCGCUAGACUCUCUGAGAAGGGAAGUGCAAGGUUUUGGAAAGCUGCAGUUGCACCCUUUAGUCCAAAUGGAAACCAGUGUAUUGAUAAGAACCUUUUGCAAAGAUUCUCUGAAUGAGGGGAGGAGGUCAAAAACCAACGAUUACAGUUUGUACAAACCAAAGAUUUUGAGAUUGUAUUUUUAUACUACCCAGACUAUCAAACGGUGUGAUAGUGCUGUCUAUAUUUGUACAUGUGAAUGCAUUCAAAGUGCCUAACGUCAAUGCAGUAUGCCGAGGUGAGCGAAGCAACCUCGAAAUCGCGAAACACGACAAAGAGACUAAAAGCUUGUGAAUGUACAUUAUGUGUCCCGAUUCACGAAACAAGCGUGAGUGUAAUAUUCUCGGUUUCUUAAUUUAUUGUUUCUGGGCAGCGUCCGCAUCUUUGAGAAGCCGUCUAAUAGUUUCAGGUGAGAGUUGAAAAGGCGCGUGCGGCCACCGAAAACAAAGCAAACGCUUGUUUCGUGGGCCAAAGAGAAGUUCGUUUCCGGACUCUCUGGAUGAAAGGUGUUUGCAGAAGCGCCCCUGAUCGCGGGACGCUGUUUGCUGUAACAUCCGAGCAGGGAAUUCGACAGCUCCUGCUGAAGUAAAACCCGCUGUGUUCCUGCUCUCCCGUCACAGCUGCUCCGCCGGCUGAACCUGACCCCGCGUUCACCCGCUGUUAACAGAGUGUUAACCUGCUCUUGAUUAAUAGCACUGCGGAAGGAAGCAGGCGGGGCCGUGGCAUAUAUGUUUAGACUUGACAAAGAGACUUGAGAGGAGAGGGAAGGGGAAAGUGCGAGGGAGAGCGAGACGCAGACGAGAGCGAGGGAGCGAGGGAGGGAGGGCUGGAGAGAUGGGUGCAGCUGGUGAAGGGGUUUAUCUCCUUCAACAAACGUCUUUUAAUCAAUACGGCUUUUUUCAUUACUAUGGGCCGUUCGGCUGAACAGACACGAGGAUUUAGUAGAACUGAGAAGCGCAGAUCAGUUUGCUCCACUGGAAUCCAAACUUUCGGUCGAGUUUCCAGUAUUCCUCAUAUCACAGCAUACAGCCGAAGCGUGCUCAGUUGUGGACGAUUUGGCAUUAUCAAGAUGAAACAGGCAGAAAUAAGCUUGCGUUUGCAAUUAUGAUUAUUCUUCUGAAUGAGAUUUGAACAGGGUCAUAUCAUACUUCUUCACUGAGGUCCGCUCAUAAUAUUUUAGCUUCCGAUUUAGUGUUUUUUCGCCCGCUUCGACCUGAUCUUUAGACGCGAAAGGCCCUUUAAACCCCCCCCCUGUGCUUUGUUCGGCUCAUGCACGAGAUUUGGGUUUGCUGUCAGGACUUUAGUUCAUUUUACCCGCUUGGUUUUUGUAAAGGCAUACACUUUGCGAGUUUCUGAUCACACGGUGGACAUCACUGAUGUUAUGAGAAGUUCUUCAUUUUGGACUCGGAAGCUAGUUUUGAUUCUAAAAUCAAAAAAGUAUGUUUUAUUCCCAAGUGUAUAUCACUUUGACCUAUUUGCUUGUAUUUACUUGAAGUUCAUUCCUGGGAUUUGAAAUGAAUAUUUGAAUAAUUACAACAAUAAUAACACGGUUGUAUGUUCACCGGUUAACUGUCACUUGACAUGCAGCUAAACAAGUACAAACGAAACUGUCUUUUUUUAAGUGCUUUGAGUUAUUUGUAUUAUUUUAUUUUUACUUUACAAAAACAGAAGAUUGCUAUAGCAGCAAAUCGUAUUUUAAUACACCGUUUCAGUCAUGCAAACCUUUUUCAAAAGCGAUUCAGGAUUCCUCUAUUUUUUUUGUUUGCUUUAUUCCUGCACUCCUGCUUAUAUGACUUACUAGGAGCCGCAGUUGUAUUUUUAAUGUUAUUUUAUUUGAAAAUAAUUUAUUUUGAUUUAGAAAUGUUUUUAGCUACUUGUGAAUGCCAGACAAGGAAACCCUAACAUAGUACUUUUAAAAACAUCAAUGGAUGGCAUUAACUUGUGUUUUUAAUCAAUGUGAUCUGCGGUGUUUUUAAAGACUGAUCAUGACGUCUCACCUCUUUUAGUAUUUUACGUGUCUGUGGUUCUCACUCGCCCUCCAGCUUGUCUUAACAUUUUGACGGUAUCCUGUGGAUUCAGCUGGAAGCGGGACGUUUGACUCGCUCUGUGAAGUUUGAGUUCCGUUUUUCUUGGCAUUUUUGGAUGAUGCCAAAUGCUUAGUGUUCAGAUGUCUUGUAAAAAAAAUAAAUAAGUAAAUAACAGCAUCACGUUUUUAGGACAAACACCAAACAUUAUGCUUGUUUUUCAUAUUGUAUCAGUGAAUUUAAUUGUCAUUCUGCUUUGAAAUCUUUGUUCAAGCUGCUAAAUGUCAUUUUUUUUAACUGCUUAUUUUGUGCAGAAUUUUUGUGUUCAAUUGAUUGACGAUUUGACACGUUUUUCUCAAUAAAAAAUACAAAAA